GUUCGUGUUACGGGCCGCUACGGACGUUGGGGAAUUUGGUGGUGUUUGUAGUAAUUGAACUUGUAAUAUUUACGCUCAUUAUCAGUAUGCUUUUAUUGAAAGUAAUAGUGCCAUACUCUUUAGACUAUGUAAGAUGUGCCCUUUUGCUAUAUGUUACCAAAACGUUCUUGGAAUACACGAAAUGGUUAUGAGAUCGUGUUUUUAUCCAUUACCGAGUUUUAUCCAAUUUUUUUUUUGUGCUUCAGUGUUUAUGUAUUGUCGAUACAGGUUGUAUGUUUUUAAUAUUCAUUUAGUUAUUUAUUAUACAGUCAAGCCUUUCAACAAUGAGGAUAUUAUAGGACAAUGAAAAUAAUGUCGAAGCUUUAUAAUCCCACAAUUUUACCAUGGAAAGUUGUUUUAGGGUGUAAGAAUUCAUCUAAAAUUUAAAAUUUCAAGUAUGUUAGUGGCGAAACUGAGCUCUUCAUAAACGAAAACUAAGUGAAGUGGUGUACAAUGGAGAAUGGGGUGAGCCCUGUUUCUUGUCCCGUGUGUACACUGUACAUGCGGGAAGGAGUUACAUUACAAAGCCAUCUUGACACCCACCCCAAGGAUCAAGUGAUAGCUGCACUGGUAAGGAUUUCUGCAGGAGACAUCACUGGUAGAAAGGAAAACCAGAGUGACACUGAAGCAUUACCAACUGCCACACCUGAAGUUACCCGUAGCGGUCAGGAACCAAUAUCAGGUUUUCAGUGCUUCUCACCUAGCAGUAGUCAUUUCACAACAGCCAUAACAUACCAACAUUUCCUUAGCAGCAAUGGUUUGGCCUCAAAUUCCAUCAUCCCACAGUAUGCCUCCAUGCCUACCAUACUGUCGGCACCCAAUGGCAGUCAGUCAGCUGCUUUCAUGCAAAUGAUGUACAAUCCAUACGUGGUUCAGCAGCAGCAACAACAACAACAACAACAGUUUCAGUUGCUCAGCUCAGUGACUUCCCCAUCACAUCAGCAGCCUUUCAUGCGCCAUGUGGUCCCAUCUUAUCCCACUCAUGUUACCCAGCCACAAAUGAACCUUGCUUCCACGUCAAUUCCUCUCAGUGUUCCAUAUCAGACGAGUGACUUUCCUCCAGACUGUGCCCCACAAGGAUUGCAGAAUACAAGUAGUGUAAUAUCUUCAUCAGUUCCUCUACCAGCUUCCUCUGCCAGCUCUUUUUCUCCUUCCACAUUGUCAUGUCCCAUAUCCUCUGCAAGCUAUUUGUACCCCUCAGCGAGGGAGCAGACUCCUAAUGAACAAGGUACCAUAAACAAACCAAGAUCACCACCAUCUGAUCAACACAGAAACAUUUCUGUUUCAAAUGGUAUACCCCCAUGUUCAAAGCAGCAGCUUGAAGAAGAAACUAUUAUAGCAGAUGAUCCUGAAAAAGAUUCAUUUCCAGAUAGGAAUUUGCCCAGUAGCACAUGUGAUGUUGGUGCAGCCUACAGUGGUGUGGCAACGCAAACAAGCGACCCUCAAUAUGAGGAGGAGGAUCAGAAGAGUCCCUGUAUGACAAAGGAUGAAGAGGCAGCUGUUACUCUAGAAGAUGCAGCUGGUGAUCUGCAGCAGGAAAUGCUGAGGAAUGAAUCUGUGAAUGUGAGGGUGCGGAAGGACCUGAAUGAUGUGGCUGUUAGUCCCAUGGUGCAAGCACGUGAUUCUGGGUCUGAGGACAACACAGAGAAUGAGUAUAUUGAUGUAAGAAAUGAAGACAUGUCACAGAUAUCAGGUAUUAUUAGGAAUGCUCUAAGAAUCCAGCCACCUCCUGUUAGUGUAGAAGACAGUGAUGAGUACAUCACAUCUGACAGGCAGUUUUCUGGGCAGGGUGACACUAGUAAAGAAGAGGCAGCUGUAAAAGAGAUGACAGAAGGGGUUGAGGACAAUUGUGAGAAACCCGAGGAGCCAAAUGAGGAAGGUGCUAACAGAUUUCUGGAUAUAGAUUCAUCCGAGCCUCUUAACAUAAUUGAAAUUGAUGGGAUUCAGAUCCUUGUGCCAUCACACUUCCUGAAAAAUCCAUCCUCGAUGUUGGAGGGCAAGCUUCCUGCAGAUGAUUGCCCGGCUUCCAUGCCACUUGGGUUGUCCAUUCCUACUGAAGGAGAAAUACAACAGCCCAGAGAGACAGAGUCAGAAGCAACGUCAGUGCCAAGUUUGAACAUCCAAACAGAUGAAAUGAUGCCACCUAGAGGAGAACUGUCUGAGCAGGAGAGUGUGGGGGGCAGCGACAGUUCUGUGUGGGUGCAGGCAUUUCAACAGAAGGAAGUGUCAACAUCAUAUGACCUGCUGGCCAAGGAGAGUUGGGAGGCUUCAGAUGGUUCAGAUGCAGACGUCAUUCUGGAGAACGAGGCAACUGCAUCUGCUGGGGAGAAGCGUGACAGAUCUGGGACAAGUGGCCAAGAGAAGAGGAAGAUGAGGGCAGAUAGGGUUUAUAAAUGUGGAGCAUGUGGGGAACCAUUCAACUGUCCCAAGGAACGGCGUGUUCAUAGAAGUACUUAUCAUUCUGAUAAGAGCGGAAGCAGUGAAACAGUGGCCUCAGCAAAUGAGGGUAAAAUUAGUGUGGAUAUAGUGUCAAGAAAACAAGCUCAUAAGCAAAAAGCAAGAGUUAAGAAGGUGAUAAAGGAAGAAGAAGAUAAGUCUUGUGUGAAGACAGAAGGGCCACAGUUCAUGGAAGUGUUCCUUGAAGAAGAUACCGAAACCAAGAUGGAGGCAGAAGAUGGAUCUGAAGAAGGAGAAGGGCUCCCAGAGAAUGUGUCUGCUACACCUGAUAAAGCCGAGGCUGCAGAACUGGUAAAACAAGAACCUGUACUAGAAGCAGCUGCCAUCUAUCGUUGUAGCAUGUGUACAGAACUAUUUACAUCUACUAAGUUGCGGAGUGAUCAUGAACUCAAGGUCCACAAGAAGGCUAAAGACAAAAAGAAUGAAUGUGCCACGUGCAAAGAAGUCUUUACUAAUGAUGGUGAAUACCAAGCCCAUCUUCAGACACAUCCUCUUGAAUGUUCACAGUGCGGAAAAUAUUUCUAUAGACGUCAGAACCUCGAACUACACUUGAAACGACAUCUAGGUAUCAAGCCCCACAAAUGUACUGUAUGUGACAAGGCAUUUGUAACAAAACAGAAGCUGGCAGAACACACCAACUCUCACACAGGCAAUGCACCAAUCAAGUGCCCCCUGUGUGACGAGACUUUCAGGAGGUACAGCAACCUCAUCCAGCACAAGCACCGACAUCACAUGAACGUUAAGAAGAAGGUGAGGGACUUCAUCUGCCACUGUGGGGAGAUAUUCCACUCAAAGAAAAAGCUGGAGUGGCACAAAGAAAUUCAUGAAGAGAAGCCAAAAUGUUGCACCUACUGUAGCGAGCGCUUUGUUCAUGCGGCGAGUCUCACAAGACACAUUCGCAAAGCUCACGAUUGUCGUUAUGUGCCAAAGUGUGGGCGUGAAGUGGAGAAUGUGGAGUGCAAGGUGUGUGGAUAUGUAUUCUUAAAAAGUUCGAUGGCAGUACACAUGCGCAUGCACAGUGGUGAGCGUCCAUAUUCAUGUCACGUGUGUGGGAAGAAUUUCAGCACCAAGUGGAACCUGCAGCUGCAUCGGUGGACUCAUGCAGCACGCAGUUCGAAGCCCUUCAAGUGUUCCUUGUGCAAGAGUGCAUUCUUUCGUCGUAACGAUUACACUGCACAUAUGCAUUCACAUCGCAAUGUCCGGCCAUACACUUGCAAUCACUGUGGUUGUCAGUUCAUUCGGAAGUAUAACUGCCUGCGCCACGUGCGGGAGCACGAAGUUGGCAAGUCAUUCAGUUGUAAUGUGUGCGGGAAGCUGUUUCACCGCAGUUAUUACCUGAAGGAACAUUUACGUGUGCAUAGUGGGUCUCGUCCAUUUGCUUGCCACAUCUGUGGGAAGGCUUCCAGCACCAAGUCAAACCAUAAUAAACAUGUGAAAAUUCAUCACGCUCGAGAACCAGUUAAUACAGAGGGCUAAGCUGGAAAUUGAAUUCACUUUACCCUCUUCUUAUUUAUUGAAGUACAGCUGUGCCUGGGCAAAGCAUGCACCCCCAAUUUUGGAAGGCAUGAAAGUAAGAAAAUCUGAAGAGUAUGGUUUUCUGGGUUGUAAUGUCACGUAUGCUGUAGGAGGCCCAAUGUUACGGAGGAACAUAUUGCUUGUAUCUUCAGAGUCAAAGACUAAACUAGGGAGGAAACCAGCAUAAGGAGGAGGCAAGCUGAGCUCCAAAACAUUGGACUCUCUUCAAACUACGUGAUGUUGCAACUCAGAAGACCAUACUCUUUGUAGUCACAGCCUUGGGAACCUCAAAUCCAAUAUAACGGUUUCAUUUUUAACACUAGAUUGACACUUCAGGAUUACUUGGGUUCUGGACUUUAUCCAUUGUCUGAUAUGCUGAACAGAACAUAGCAUUUUGGAAACUGGAUAUGUUUCUGCCUAUAGAUGAAAGGCUGGGAAGCCAUCCACCUGCCUGUUGAGUACAUCAGAAACAAUUAAUCUCAGGCACUGGAAAGAGGACCAACUGAGUAGUUGCAUCUACAGCAAGUCUCCAAAGUGUGUUCUAUUUGCAAUACUAAACAAUUGAAGAAGUCCAGAAAA